UUCUCCUAGAACUUAUGAUUUAUGAACUUCGACCCCACGACCCCUCUGCGCAUGAAUGCUCUUCACGGUCUUGUAUCACAAACCACAGUUGACAGAGCACAGAUCCUGUGGAACAUCACUGAGCACAGAACUGCAGGAAUAACACCCUUCUAUCACAACCCACGACUGGUUCAAGAGUGGGGUACAGGGAGUAAAAUAAGUUCAUAAGUGAUAGGAGAAGAAUUAGGCCGUUCGGCCCAUCAAUCAUAAUUUCUGUGUCUUUUUUUUCUUUUUUUUUCUUUUUUCUCUUUUUUGUUUUGUAUGGAUAUAUUGACAUUUGGUCUGUUCUAUUAAUUUAAUCAAACUCUGUAAAGCACUUUGGUUCAAAUACUGGUUUUGUUGAAAAGUGCUAUAUAAAUAAAGAUUAUUAUUAUUAUUUAUUAAUCAUGGCUGAUCUAUCAAAAGGCAUGUAUUGGACAUGCAAUAAAUACCAAGAGUGCCGUGCAUGAAUGAAAUAUCGAGUAAUUGUUCUCCAGAGUAAAACACAGCGGGACCGGCAGCAUCUUUGGAGAGAAGGAAUGGGUGACGGUUCGGGUCGAGACUCUUCUUCAGACCCCGAAACGUCACCCAUUCCUUCUCUCCAGGGAUGCUGCCUGUCCCGCUGAAUCACUGUGCUAUUUUGUGUACAUCUUCGGCGCAGCUUCUGUCAUCACAACCGUUCUCCAGAGUUCAGAACGCAAACCAAGUGGAUAGCUUUCCAUCUUCCCUGUAGGACAAUUUGCAGCCUUCAUUUAAAAUCCUUAUUUUUCUCAGCAGUGGCAAAGGUGGACUCGCCGACUGCUCCAGUCAUCAGCAUUGCAUGACGAGGCGGCAAGGAAACCCACAAAGUGACAGCUACAGCUCCGACCACUGCUGGUAAUGUCACCUCAACCCUCCACGUCAUUCCGUGAGUGAUGCCUCAUGAUCUGUUCCCGGACAUUCAGCGGAGUUUCCACGGAUGGAUCCCGUGCCCAUGGCCCCAGGCAGCUCCGCCAAAUGUCAGCCGGGGUGGGUGGCUGACUGGCAACAUGGCAUCUUGCAACAAGACCUACUGAUAUAUUUGCACAAUUUCAGUCGUUGGAUUAACUCGUGCCUUCAAAUCACCAGUGGUUUAAAAUCAGCAAUGUCCGAAGACUUUUACCUCCAGAAAAAAAAAUGUCGAGACAGUAAAUCAAUAGACAAUAGGUGCAGGAGUUGGCCAUUCGGCCCUUCGAGCCAGCACCACCAUUCAAUGUGAUCAUGGCUGAUCAUCCCCAAUCAGUUCCCCGUUCCUGCCCUCUCCCCAUAUCCCCUGACUCCGCUAUCUCCCCACCACAUGCCGAUGCUUCAGAGAUGGGUCAGAAUUCCACGUAUAAUUUGAUGGUGUGGGACAUCCAACAUUUCAAACAAACCCACGAUAAUCAUUGUUCAUUAUAAUAAUUCGCAAUGUGCGGCGCUCCCUCAGUGUCGCCCCUCCCACAAUGCGGCGCUCCCUCAGUUGCUGCUCCUCCCACUGUGCGGCGCUCCCUCGUGUUGUUUGUGGUAGGUGACGUGAGGCUGACGCCCGGCUCUGGGCUGUGUCCGGAUGCCGCCUCCGCCAUCUAUCUAUGUGCCACCGCUAAGUCUCAGGAGCAAAGUUCUUAUUGCGGAGCUUUGGUCAGAAGCUCAGGCGCCGCAUUCCGAUUGUCCGCGCUGCGCCCAUGGGGUCCCCGGCGCUCCUCCUGUCUGUGCUGGCAACUGUGUGUGCGGCGCUACCCCAGGACUGUCCGCCGAAGUUCAGGCUCGAUCGAGUCGGGGAUGAUCCCUGCUGUUCAGGCUGCCCGGCAGGUAACUAUUUGGAAAAGGAAUGUACUGCUCACUCUGAUUCCACGUGUGCAACAUGUCCAAAAGGAUCAUAUUCCGAGCAAUGGAACAACAUUUAUUCCUGCUUCCGCUGUGAUGAGUGUGGAUACGCAGGGAUGAAGUAUAAGAGAAAUUGCACGUCCAUCUCCAAUGCCCAGUGUGAAUGCAGUGACGGCUAUGUUUGCAAAGACAGCAACUGCAGAAGCUGCAUCUUACCAGGUGUGGAAAGCAUUCCUUGCUCAACAGGGACAUUUUCCACCACAGGAACCAGGCCCUGCCAACUAUGGACCAAUUGCACCAGUCUGGGUCAAGUCGAAAUAGUACCUGCCAAUCAAACCAGUGAUGCCAUCUGCGAUUAUAUCCAUCACACACAAAUCAGGCAGAAAUCUCUCACUUUGGAAGUUAUAAUGAGCAUCAUUGUCUUCAUCAGCCUCAUCCUGCUCUGUCUAUCAAUUGGAGUGCACAUCGUGAAGUGCAGGAGGAAAAGGAUGGUAGAAUUUGUGUUGUUACCAGUGACAGAUAAAACACAAGCAGCACUUCCUACAUUGUCUGAAGACACCAUCACCAUCCGCCACCCAGAACAGGAAUGUGGAGGGCCGCCUCAGCCACAAAAAUUGUGCAAGGAGCACACCAGUGUGGAAGACCCUUGUGGAUGCUGACCCUGGGCAUUUGUGCAGCUUCACUGACCUUGGGUUCCAUGUUCGCUGUUGCUUGAAUUGCACUAUAAUUUGCUAGAAUGCUGAAUGGGAAUGUCAUAUCACAUUCAUGAACUCUUGGCUACUGUUUCUAAUAGCUGAUUUCUAAUGGCAAGGAAUGAUGGAAGAAAAGCAGUUGAGAGAGGGAAUUAAGGAUUAGGGCAAUGGUUCAUUAAAUGUACUGACAUACUCAUGAGUAGAAUGGAAGGAAAAACAAAGUCAGAGGUAGAGUUGCUGCCUUACAGCGCCAGAGACAUGGGUUUGAUCCAGACGACAGGUGCUGUCUGUAUGGAGUUUGUACAUUCUCCUGGUGACCUGCGUGGGUUUUCUCCGGGUGCUCUGGUUUCCUCCUACACUCCAAACACGUACAGGUUUGUGGGCUAAUUGGCUUGGUAAAAUUGUACAUUGUCCCUAGUGUGCAGGAUAGUGCUAGUGUAUGGGGUGAUCACUGGUCAGUAUGGACUUGAUGGGGCGAAGGGCCUGUUUCUGCACCAUAUCUCUCAACUAAAAAAAUGCGGUCUGGAUGAUAAGUAACUGACAGAAUGGAUUAAACAAAUAAAGGAGGCACAUGACCAACGUCAGGUGAGAAUGAGACUAUUUAUUGUAAGCAGAGGCACUGAAUAUGUUAGCAGGGAAGUAAAGAUGGAACACCAGUCUGUACACUAGCUUGGCCACAGCCUGAGCACCGUCGACAGUUCUGCUCGUAUCAUUUGAAUGUGCAAUUUCAUGGAAGAGUCUGCAGUGAAUGCCCAGUUGCUCUAUCCAAGGUCCUCAACAUUUUAUUCACCUGAAUUGUCUUUCCUUGGACUCCUCCGUCCUCAGCCGAUCUGAGCCUUCUCAUAGCGACAGUUUUCCAGUCUGUGGAGAUUGUGGGAGGAUCCAGUUCUGUUUCCAGGGGGAUUUCAAACCAGGAAUGUAGGUUUAAAGUAAUUGGCAAAGGACCAGAUUGGAACAAAGAAAAUCACCCAAGGAUGGUGGGGCAAAACAUUUGUGACAUUUGUAUAAAUAACCCACAUUAGAGACUAAUUGUCCAAAUUGUGGAAUGAAGUGUUUGUUGGCAACAUGGGUUAAAAAAUGGUGGUUCAACAUCAGAGGGUCAUGGUACACAAUUAUCUGGUGUUCCCCAAAUGUUUGUUCUAGGACUACAACUUUGAUAUAUAGUAAUUAGUUAGUUAAGGUAUGUAGGGUAAAGUUUCUAAAUUUGCAGAUGGAAGUCUGGUAAACCAUGAAGAGGAUGAUGGAUCAAAGGGGCAAGGCUGGAAUAGGCACACAAGUGGCAGAUUAAGUUUCAUGGAGAGAAAUGAUACAUUUGGCAGAAGGAAGAGAUGAUAUAGACCAGUUUUACAGGGUGUGUGGAAACAGAGGAAAUGUGUGGAACCAGAAAUGUGUGAAAGAUCUACCAUUUGUGGAACAAGUUCAUCGGGCAAUGGUCUGUGUGGGAUGUCCUCGAGACGUGGUGAAUCCUACUGAGUGGGAAGGAACUGCAGAUGCUGGUUUAGAUCGAAGAUAGACACAAAAUGCUGGAGUAACUCAGCGGGACAGGCAGCAUCCCUGGAGAGAAAGAAUGGGUGAUGUUUCGGGUCUGUGGAACGGUCUUGACCCGAAACAUCACCCAUUCCUUUUCUCCAGAGAUGCUGCCUGUCCCGCCGAGUUACUCCAGCAUCUUGUGUCUAUCUUUGGUGAAUCCUACUGAUAGUCACUUGGUAGAAUGCCUCAUUAUUAGGUCACUCAAACAAUCUAAGACCGUGGGAAAGGUCCUUCCCCUCAGAGCCUUCGUGCAGUAGGAAUCUCACCACCGUUAUGAGCUGAGUUAUAAUGGUAGAGUACCAAACUUUCCCGUCGCACCGCAAGACCAGAAACUGCGGCUUUCUGCAAGGACAAUGUCUACAUUGGAAAGUGUGUUUGGAAUGUAAAUGUCAGUUCCGUAUUCUCAGUGGAGUGAGACAUGCUGAUGUCAUACAAUGUCUGUACUUGAACAAGAUGAAGCAUGUUGACCUUUAUGACCUGUAACAAUUUGUCUACUGUAACAUAAUCUGACAAAUUUGAUAAAUUAAAUAAAGUUUUGGACAAAAUAUCAUUCACUUGGGUCCAGUCCAUGCACUCGGCCUGUUGGAGCAGCACCCGAUCCAGCUGAGCCCCAGCACUGUGGGGCCUCCAACAGCCCAGUCCACCAUCGAUGCAGUGCGCUCCCUCCCGUCGCCAGUCUGCUCACUGGCUGUCUGUCCGACUCCUUCCACCCUUCAGCGGCAUGGGUCUUCGAUCCGCGGCGAGCGAACUGGGGCUUCAGGGCAGUUCCAGGACCGUGGCAAUUCCUGGGCGACCCGGGCGACUCCUCCAUCUGCAGCGGGCGCGUCCUCAGCCCUCGGCGGGUGAACCAGGCCGGUCCUUGGACCCAAAGAUCUUAUAGCGAAGCUUCGCUAUAAGAUCUUUGCUUGUUAUAUACAUUUAUAUAAUUUUCAUGUAUGUGUGUUUAUAAACAUUUUAUUCCUUAACAAGAAUCAACAGAAUUAUAAACUAACAGAAUUAUGAAUCUAACCCUAUAAUCACGCACAAAAAGUCCCCCCUGUCAAUCACCCUGCGAGUCGGGUCGGUUCCGGUUACUACAAACACUGCUUGUGAGCCAUUGAAAAAGAAAUGAUUUAAAAAACAUUAAAAAAGACAAUUACCAGAAUCAAAUUUUGUUCUUGACAAGAAGUUUGAACUGACAGAUUUAUGAAUCUGACCCACACAAACUGUCGCUAUAAGAUCUUUGCUUGGACCGUGGCUCAGUUCCCUCCUCCGCCCGAAGCCACGUGCUCUUUGUCCUCCAACA